AUGGAGGGAAGGUCAUUGAAGUUGAUUGAGCCUCAGACUCUUCCUGAUGAACUCUUGCAGAGUUCUGGAGCCGAGAUGACUGACCUUCAACAGCUGGGACCAUUUUCCUAUUUGCGAGGAAUUGAUUUUAAAAUCAAAACGGUGGAACUGCAGGGAAAGAAGAUCAAAUUGCAGAUAUGGGACACAGCAGGACAGGAACGAUUUCACACCAUCACCACUUCCUACUAUAGGGGAGCAAUGGGAAUCAUGCUAGUCUAUGACAUCACAAAUGCCAAAAGCUUUGAAAACAUCAGCAAAUGGCUGAGGAACAUAGAUGAGCAUGCAAAUGAAGAUGUAGAGAGGAUGUUGCUAGGCAACAAAUGUGACAUGGAAGACAAGCGAGUGGUGCUGAAAUCAAAAGGAGAGCAGAUUGCCAGAGAACAUGGGAUUAGGUUUUUCGAGACUAGUGCGAAAGCUAAUAUCAACAUUGAGAAAGCAUUCCUCACAUUAGCAGAAGACAUACUUCGAAAGACUCCCGUAAAAGAACCUGACAGGGAAAAUGUAGAUAUCAGCACUGCAGGUGGUGGAACAGGACUGAAGAAAUGCUGUAGCUGAGCGCUCUGUGAAAAUCCACUUUAUGCAUUCUAUCUAAAAUGUUCUUUCCUAUUAAAACAAACAAAAUUCUCAUUACCCUUACUUCUUACAUCUUGCCUGCUUGACACACACAAUUUUGAAAACCUGUAUAAAAUCAUGUCUGUGACUUAUUGUCUCAUUUUAAAUGUGCGUGCUCAACUCACUACAUUUGGUUGUAUUAUAGUUAAAAUUCAUUAUCAAAGUAACAAUGGUUUCAACUCAGCAAAUUGUAUAAGAAUAAAAGUUAGAAUUAACAAAUUUUUGUACAACAGUGGAAUUUUCUCUUGUGUAUAAUGUACUUCUUAAUUUGUACAUUUGUGCAAAAAGUGAGAUAUGAGACACCCGUGUAGACUGCUUUCCUUUAUAGGUUGGAUUAAUUUUGUCUUGUGCCUUAUUUGAAAACAGGCGUAACUGAACGACUGCAGAGGCAGAAGACCAUUUUUCAGACUUGGCUGUUUUAAUAUCCACUUGCUGUGAUAUUAAUGCAUUAUAGGUGCCAGUGUCUGAACACAAUUUUUUUUGUGGUAAACUCCAGUAUUUCUUGGUCAAUAUUUGCGGGUUAUGCAGACUUGGUUUUUAUGCUGUUGAGGAGAAAAUUGGAAAUUUAUUAAUGCAUGUAAUAGUGCUACUUUUUUUUUUAUUUAGGGUGACGUGGUUCUAAUUUCUUUAAAUGUGCAAUUUUCCAUUAUUUGGGCCACCAACAAAAAUUCUGCGGGAUAACUAUCUUUCAGUUAAUUUCAGAAAGAUAGUAGACUGUAUCCCUGAAGAGUUAGCAGUUCUGCAACCUGAAACAUUUUCUUUUGUCUGCUGCCAAUAUUGGCAUAACGCAGUAGGUAUCUUGUGAUUGGCCUAUUGGUAAUCAGUGUUUUCUCAGCCACUGACAAUUAAGUUUUCUUAAGCUUUGCUAUGUGCAGUUUCCAAAUAGCCAAAUGUGUUUUCUUGUCAUUUCAUUGCAAUUUUUUUUUUUGUCACUUUCUUUCUCUACCCUUCAGUUAAUGGUUUCUGCUUAAACUUUCUUGGGAGUUUUGUAAGCAGUAUGGUUUUAACAUUUUUGAAAGGCUGCUUCCCAUUUGAAAUAGAUGAGAAACUUAAAUGUGUAUAUGUUGGGAUUACUGGUUAUGCAGUGUCAAUUGGACAUGAAAAGCAUGUUUCGGGCAGUGUAUGAGCAGCCUUUUCUGGAUUGGUCAGUGCUUUUCAAAUUGAUGAACCAAUUUUUAAACCUUUGACAAUACUGCAAUAGUUAUGUUCCUAAUAUAUUGACCACAGUCCUCUUGUAUUGUAAAUUGCUUUCACCCUAAUUUUUUAUCCCACGCUGAACAUAAGGGAAAAUACAAAGUAACCAAUGUAAUCAGUUCUUUGUUUACGCUGAUGGGCUGUUGCCUAAUAUAGUGGUGCUUAGCCUUUAUGUACAGUUCUUUGGGAUCAUUUGUAAACCUUGUGAUGACCAACACAGAAUUGAAUAAAUCUCAUUAGCAGUCCAUUCCUGCACGGGAGACUGUAGUUUAAUACUUCUAAUUACUAAAAUUGUCAAUAAAAUAUUUCUAGAUGUUUACUGUUAUGUUACUGAAUCUUGAGAAAGUAGAGUAUUGUUGGCUUGUAUAUUUACCCAUAUUAUGCUGGUAAAUCAAAAAAUACUAAAUGCGAUGAAUUAAAGUCAUUUGAAAUUGGAAUAUUGAAAUUGCUAAUUUAACUUGAGGAAAUAUUAAACUGCUUGAAAUAGAUUUAGAAGCUAUAUAUAUGUAUGAUUUGAGUUGCUGUUAAGUACCACUUUACAUCCAGUAUUUGUGUUUUAAACAUUCUGUAAUUUUACUUUUAAUCCACGUGUAGGUAGUUGAAAUUAAACUUGCAAUUUUUUGA